AUGAGUACUGCUUCGAACGAGAAGCGUAUUAAGCAGUAUCGAGAGAGUGUCAAAGCCAAGCUUAAAGUGCACUAUUUGAGCAGGAUUUUCUAUGUUCUCGAAGUUUCCGGCUAUACGUUUAAAACCCGGUCUACCAACUGGAAAGGUUCUAAGUUCUAUUCACAGAUGCUAUGCUCUAAUGAUAUAUAUACCAGAAAGGAUGAAGAAGGCACAUCUUCUGAUUCCUAUGACACUUCUUCGCAUCCUCUCUAUGCUUGUAAAUCACGAUUCAAUUAUUCCUUUGACACUACUUCUGGCCAGUUUCAUGCCGAUUUCGCUCAUUUAACUCAUCAUUCGUUGCCAUCUCUCGCUUCUAUACACUCGCGUUUUUUGGCACACCCCUCUACUGAUACAAAUACGAGCAAUAUCGCCGAAGAGGAGUCAGAAGAGCUAUCUGCCACUCCUUCGUUCGUUUAUAAUGACGGUGCUGUUCAGAUCAAGCAACCCGAAGAGUACGAUAACGAUCAGCUCUGUGAUACUACCUUUGUCGAGGAUGAAAAUAUCUAUCUACGGCAAGUCUUGACAAAGCCUUCAGGAGAUAUCUCUACAGACCCAGAUGCUAAGCCGCCGACAUCAUUUGCCUGUGCUCUCAAUAGUCUACAUCAGAACAUUUCUUCGAAUUCUAGAGCUUAA